AUGGACACUAGCAGUCCCGAGUUCCAGGAGGCAUUACGAGACCAUGCACGAAGUCUUGGCGUUGACCCGGACUCCGAAAGCUAUCUGCUAUCUCUUGUUCAGGAGGCAUUACUGGCUGAGCUUCCUCCAGACUGGGAACAGGGCGAGACUGAAGACGGCACGCUCUACUACUUUAAUUCGAGUACAGAGGAAAGCAUCUGGGAGCAUCCGCUGGACGCGCACUAUCGAGAGCUCAUUCAAUUGAGAAAAGAUGAACAUGCUGCUCAAAGCAGUUCAAACGCCCCUGCGGUAACCAACAACGUCGAUGUGUACAGCUUUGACGACAUCAGUGACGAGGAAACGCCGGCGCCUGUCACCUCCGCUCUAGUGUCAAAUAAAUCUAGAAUCAGCGACCUCUUUUCCACGCCAACACAGUCCACUCCAUCCUGGAAAACUGGUAAUAUCGACUCCGGUAGCCACAGGAUUCGGUUUUGGUCGUGA